GGGUCCCCAUUGCGACCCCCCGAGUCCCAGCUGGCCGGCCCGCUCCGGGCCCUCUCCCCAGCGUCUCCCGCUUCCGCUCUAAACUUAUGGGAAACCGGGCAAGCGCGCCUAACGCGGAGGACCGUGCGCGCUGACGUCACGGGACGAGGCCCCGCCCGCCGGAGGCGCGAGGGGGCGUGGCCUCGGGCAGCUAUAAAAGGGCGGCUGCGCGCGCGGCCGGCUCAGUGCGGCCGGCACCUGGGGCGAGCGUACCUGCGGACCAAGUGCGCGGCGGCGUCGGAGGCGGCGGGGAGCGGAGCGGAGCCGCCGGGUCCUCGCCAGGGCCGCAGCGGCAGCAGUUGGGCCCCCCGCCCCGGCCGGCGGCCCGGAGAACGCAGGAAGGGGGCCGGGGGGACCCGCCCCCGGCCGGCCGCAGUCAUGAACUCCAACGUGGAGAACCUGCCCCCCCACAUCAUCCGCCUGGUGUACAAGGAGGUGACCACGCUGACCACAGACCCUCCCGACGGCAUCAAGGUCUUCCCCAACGAAGAGGACCUCACGGACCUGCAGGUCACCAUCGAGGGCCCUGAGGGGACCCCGUACGCCGGAGGCCUGUUCCGGAUGAAACUCCUGCUGGGGAAGGACUUUCCCGCCUCCCCGCCCAAGGGCUACUUCCUGACCAAGAUCUUCCACCCCAACGUGGGCGCCAACGGCGAGAUCUGCGUCAACGUGCUCAAGCGGGACUGGACGGCGGAGCUGGGCAUCCGGCACGUGCUGCUGACCAUCAAGUGCCUGCUGAUCCACCCCAACCCCGAGUCCGCCCUCAACGAGGAGGCGGGCCGCCUGCUGCUGGAGAACUACGAGGAGUACGCGGCCCGCGCCCGCCUGCUCACCGAGAUCCACGGCGGCGCCGGCGGGCCCAGCGCCAGGCCCGAGGCCGCCGCCCCCGCGGCCCCCGGGGGCCCGGGCGGCGCCGAGGGGCCCAUGGCCAAGAAGCACGCGGGCGAGCGCGACAAGAAGCUGGCGGCCAAGAAGAAGACGGACAAGAAGCGGGCGCUGCGGCGGCUGUAGGGGUGCAACCCUCUCUGUCUCUAAGUUAUUUAAGUUAUGGCUGGGUGGGGGAGGGGGCCCGGGACUGGAUUUGUUUUUCUAAAUAAAGUUGGAAAAGCAA